AUCUGCGGGAUCAGAUCAUGUGUGAUUCGAACCUGGCAGUAUCAAUGCACUUUCGAUCCAAGUUUCACCCACAUCCCAGUGUAAACGUGCUCGUUCCGGACGGUCUCCGAGUCUCUUCAGAUUCUUGCGCAGUCACCCACGUUGUUCGUCUCCUGGAUUUUGUCUGUUAAUGUUAUGAAUGAUGAUUUGAGCGGUGACACGACGGUCACGACUCUCCUCCUAUCCUCCUCCAUCCCAAUUCUUUCGUUUCGCCAUCCAGGAUGAAUGCCGCUAACACGCCUGCGUCCUCGUUGGCUUCAUCCACCGCCUCCAUGUCGAUUAAUCCCUCAAAUCCGCCGGCCCAAGGGGUGCAUGCCUUGAUCGUGCGUCUCUUGGGACCCAAAUUCGGCUGUGACGAGGACCUGGUCUCUUCCCAUUAUCAAUCCGCCUUGGCCUUGCUCUCAUCAUCAGCUUCGACCUCUAACCACGUUCAAUCCGAACUGGCCAUUGUCGAAAACUUGCAGAAAAAGUUGAUCAGGGAAGAUCGUGCCCAAGAUGUGGCUAAGUUUAAGGACUUAUAUGUUCGGCUUCAAAGAUUGCCCGUGCUUCAGAAUCGGAGUGAGAUUCUCCAGUUGUUUUACCACUUGAGUGAGAAACCGGGGACGGACAAGCAUCGGAAGGUAGCUCCUUUUCAUGCCAAAGUGGGCGGUACCCAACGAUCUACGCCGCAGUUUGCGGCCAACGGGGAGAGUGGUGGUUUGUCGAUGUUGGCCAAUAGCGAGGCCCCUUCGUCGUAUUUGUCCUCAAUUCAUGAGAUUCGUUCGCAUCUGGGGCCGGGCUACCAUCCACCUUUACCGCCAAAGCCCAAAUCACCCAUUCAGCAUCUGAUCCAGGCCAAGAGCUCCCAAUCUCCGCCCAAGAAAGAGGUCAAAGGAUCCGAAAAGGCGUUGUUGAGAGAGUUGAUCUACUCGUUUCAAGGGAUCGAAGGCACAAUGUUAAAAGUAAACCACCAAACCGGACGUUUCAAUCUAUCCGAGGUUUAUCGACAGAAUUUCUCACCGUCCGUGGUUCAAAUCUCGCUCAGGUUGGCCGAAUUGGGUUGGCUUUUCAGCCAAGUGAAUGAAUUUUGUGAGCGCAUGGCCGAAGAACGAGAUAUUGGGCUUACCGCCCAAAGUUUUGUAACUGCCUUGAAGAACGAGCUGUCCGAAUUCUAUCGACUCUUGUCCACGUUGGAAGGCCAACUGCAGGAUUCUGUGUCGGCAUUGAGUCUUCAACAUCUUAUGGUGUGGACUUUGGAGCCCAUGAACCGAAUGAAACUCCUGGUUUCGAUCGUGGAAACAUGUCAAGGUCUAAGAGGAGGUGCUCUAAUCUCAACCAUUUACUCUUACCUGCAUCACGGAGACCCGGCGAGUUCCGAAACCGUUCACGCCCUUCUGUGCACGGUUUGCAAACCCAUGUAUUUGAUGCUGUUGAGGUGGAUCUCGGAUGGAACCCUGGAGGACCCUUUCAACGAGUUCUUCAUUGCCUCGGAUUCCAAAAUACACGGGGAUCUCCUCUGGCUCGAUAAGUAUAGCAUCCGACACUCGAUGAUACCCAAGUUCUUGAGUCUGGCUUGGGUGAAGAAGAUCUUAGCCACGGGCAAGAACAUUAAUUACCUGCAUGAAGUGUGCAAAGACACCACACCCAUUUCCGGGAGAGAUAUCGUUAAGGACAAUUUGAACAAAACCUCGCCAGAGAGCAUAUUUGCGAGUGCUCAAAGUGAUAGUUUGCUUCAUUCUACCAUUCAAAGAGCUUAUCGCGAUACAUCGUCCCAUGUUUUGAGUGUUCUAUUCACGCGCUACAAGUUGUUAGAUCAUAUGUCUGCCAUGCGGAAGUAUCUUCUUUUGGGCCAAGGCGAUAUCAUUCGAUACCUAUUGGAACUCUUGGAGGAAGAACUCUGCCAAUCAGCGUCCACAUUGUUCCCCCACACUUUGGCGGGAAUUCUGGAGACAGCGAUUCGAUCCACCAACGCUCAGUUCGAGGACCCGGAGAUCCUGGAGCGAUUGGAUGUCCGGCUCCUCGAUACUCAACCCGGUGACAUCGGGUGGGACGUGUUCUCUUUGGACUAUAAGGUGGCUGGCCCCAUAGGAACGGUAUUUGGCCCGAAGGUCAUGAAUCAAUACCUCAUGCUGUUCAAUGCUCUGUGGCGUGCCAAGCGUAUCGAAUGGCUCCUCUCGUGCGUUUGGCGAGAUCAGACCGUUCUGGCCAAGAUGACCAAGACCGUGCCCGAGUUGCGACCCUUGCUCCACAUAGCAAAUCUCCUCUGCUCCGAGAUGAUCCAUUUCAUUCAUCAGCUCGCUUAUUACAUCACUUUCGAGGUCAUGGAAUGUUCUUGGGACAUACUAAUCAAACAACUCAAAAAGGCAGAGAGCUUGGACGAGGUGAUCGAGGCUCAUGAAGAGUUUCUGCAGACUUUGCUAAGACAAGCCCUUCUAGACGAGGAGUCCAAUGAGCUACUCACCCAACUACGAGCCAUUUAUGACAGAAUUCUCGAGUUCCAAUCCAUUCAGAAUAAAAUGCAAACUGCUGCCAUUGCCGAAGCCGAGUGCCGUCGUGCGGAUGAGGCCCAACUGCGGCGGAAUGAGCGGGCCGGUCACUACGGGUUGACGAGUGCAGACGAGCAAAUGCAAAAAUCCCGGAAGAGGGAGUUUGUCAAGGUGACAUUGCCGCAUCUCAAAUCGCAACUCAAGAUCGUGAGCCAGUCCUAUCAGGAUAUGGUCAGAACCUUCCUUUUACAGUUAACCCGCAGUCAGAAUCAGGCCUUGCAGUUCUUGAGCUUCCGGUUGGACUUCAAUCAACAUUACAAACGAGCGGAUGCCAGAUUGGGGACGCCCCUAACAUUCCAGCACAUGCGAGAGAGCAGUCUCCUUCUCACGGGCUCGUUUGAAAUUUAAUUAUUGACAACAUUUAUUUUCAUCACGUAAAAAUAAAAAGAGAAGGUCCCUGAAAAUGAAGGUUACUGAGC